GGAAAAAAACUCCAUUGGAUAAGACACGAAUUUGAGAAGUAUCACAGUUCUACACAAAUAGUCAAAUACGAACACCGCGUAACCCGCUGGGUUCGCCGGCAGCCAUCUCUUAUAUAUAGCUGAAGUUUGACCUGUUUUACUCUGCUCUUCUCCGGCGCGCCUGCGACUCCCUCUCGCUCCCUCUCUGUGUGUAUCUCUGCAGAAUACGAGUCCAUACCUCUAAUCGUUGUUUUCUAUUCUAUAUCUUUACGGAAUUGCUGUUGGUAGUUGCAAAGCCUGUAAUCGGUUGGUGCAAUUUAAUUAACAUAAUCAGUCAGAAUGGGAGGAGGAUUUAGAGCAUUGCAUCUGGUGCGACCAUUUCUUUCUUUUCUGCCAGAAGUUCAGAGUGCUGACAGGAAGGUUCCCUUCAGGGAGAAAGUCAUAUACACUGUCAUAUCUCUUUUCAUAUUUUUAGUAUGCAGUCAGCUCCCUCUUUAUGGAAUACACACUACAACGGGUGCGGAUCCUUUAUAUUGGAUGCGUGCUAUUCUUGCAUCAAGCAGAGGGACAGUUAUGGAGCUUGGAAUUACACCAAUAGUGACUUCUGGACUGGUGAUGCAACUGUUAGCUGGGUCAAAGAUAAUUGAGGUAGACAACAGUGUGCGUGAAGAUCGUGCCCUUCUAAAUGGUGCACAGAAGUUGCUGGGAAUCUUGAUUGCUGUUGGUGAGGCUGUUGCAUAUGUUUUAUCUGGGAUGUAUGGCAGUGUGAGCCAACUUGGUGUUGGAAAUGCUAUUCUCAUAAUUAUUCAACUUUGUUUUGCUGGUAUUAUUGUUAUAUGCUUGGACGAGCUUCUCCAAAAGGGAUAUGGUUUAGGCUCUGGGAUUUCCUUAUUCAUAGCUACCAAUAUCUGUGAAAAUAUCAUAUGGAAAGCAUUCAGCCCUACUACUAUCAAUAGUGGGCGCGGUGCUGAAUUUGAAGGUGCUGGUGUUGCUUUGUUCCAUUUGUUGAUAACUAGAUCAAACAAGGUUCUAGCACUCAAAGAGGCCUUCUACCGCCAAAACCUCCCGAACAUGACAAAUUUGCUUGCAACAGUUUUGAUCUUCCUAAUUGUCAUUUACUUCCAAGGUUUUCGUGUGGUUUUGCCCGUAAGAUCAAAAAAUGCUCGUGGACAACAAGGCUCAUAUCCAAUUAAGCUAUUCUACACUUCCAAUAUGCCUAUCAUUCUUCAAUCUGCACUUGUAUCCAAUCUUUAUUUUAUCUCUCAGUUGCUGUAUAGGAGGUACAGUGGAAAUUUCUUGGUAAAUCUGUUGGGGAAGUGGAAGGAUUCUGAAUAUAGUGGGCACUCUAUCCCAGUUGGUGGACUUGCUUACUAUGUCACUGCACCAGCAAGUUUGGCAGAUAUGGCAGCCAAUCCCUUCCAUGCUUUUUUCUAUCUUGUGUUUAUGUUGUCUGCUUGUGCCUUGUUUUCAAAAACAUGGAUUGAAAUUUCUGGAUCUUCGGCUAGAGAUGUCGCCAAGCAGCUCAAGGAGCAACAAAUGGUGAUGCCUGGACAUCGAGAUUCAAAUUUGCAGAAGGAAUUGAAUCGCUAUAUACCGACUGCAGCUGCCUUUGGGGGAAUGUGCAUUGGUGCUUUAACCGUAUUGGCAGAUUUCAUGGGAGCGAUUGGAUCGGGAACUGGGAUUUUGCUUGCAGUCACAAUCAUAUAUCAGUACUUUGAGACGUUUGAGAAGGAGAGAGCCACUGAACUUGGCUUCUUUGGAUUUUGAUUUUUGAUCCCUUCAUUAUAAAGUGUCUUGUACUAUUAUCAUUAGUAUUUUUUUCUUUCAGGAAUUUUAGUACGUAGGUAAACAGGGCACGUUCAGCAAAACCAAGGUGCUAGACGUUAGGUUGUCAUUAAAGAUUCCUCAAAUACUCUUUUGCAGCUUUAGGUUACGCAAGGAUUCUUAAGUUGUUAUUACGUGAUUACAACAGAGGCCUUAUAAAAAUGAAUUGCACCCUCUUCCUACUUAUAAUGUAUCAUUUCAGAGAUUGACUGAA